AUGUCUGGUCGUAAACCUCCUGCAAAUAAAAAACCAAUCAUUUAUUACAAUGGAUUGUUUCAUUACAUUGAGGGUAAUGAGUCCUUAAAAGAUAGCGAAGCUCAAUAUGCUUUAUUCCAAAUUUAUAACUUGACGAAAUCUCCAGGAGAAAUAGAACAUGCAAUCAUUGAAGCAAUUGGGUCGGUGACGAUAAAUAUUCUUGAUGAUAAUCUACUAGUAAUGGAAAGGUCAUAUGUUGCAAUAGAGGACGAAACACAUAAUACAAUAAAGGUGAAAAUUAAUUUAAACAGUCAUCGUCACAGAGAUGCAAUUGAAAAACUUCGUAAUUCACAAACAAUUAGAGAUCUAAGUGAAAAUGGAUUUGCAGAUUGGAUCCCAUUAGACAUAUUGUCAUAUACAUUUAUUGAAAGAUCUUUCAAAGUUAAUAAGAGUCAAGCAGUUGCAGCGUCUAAUCUGAGAUGUUUCGGUGAUAUGAUAGCUCUUAAAUUAUUAGAUCAGGUUUUAAAUGAACUGAUUUCAGAUUCUACAAUUUCAGCAUUAGAAAAGUUAUUUCCUGGUACUAUCACUACAAUCAAUCGAGAAGUUAAUGAUACUUCAAUGACAGUGGUUGAGAUCAAGAUUGAACAUGAAUGUGACAGCGAAUUAGGAAGAUUGUUUAUUGAAGUUCUGAAUUCCUUGAUUGUAGAUAGAAAAAUAAAUCAAAAUAUAAUGGAAAGACAUGAGCCAUUUUUUAAUUUUUUAAUUAGUAUGUUUUCAGUCAUAAGAAAUUUGACACAUCUCAAUGAAUUAUAUGGAACUUUUCGGUUACCUUCUUGGGUGCCUUUGAUAAAAAAUCCAGAAAUUAUAGAGGUGAAAAAGAAAAUUCAUCAAGGUGCAAAUAAAAAUGAAACUGAUUUACUUCAGAUAAAUUUCUACGAAGAUGAUAAAACAUUUGAAAAACUUCAUGUGAUUGUAAAACAAUUGCAUCAAGAAACUAUUUUGGCUAUUAAAAAAUUGGAAGAUGAAUCUUUUAAACGGAAGUCACUAUUAAUAACAUCAAAAAUUUGUUAUUAUGGUUCAAUGUAA